UUGAUUUCCUUUCGGAUUUUAAAUACGUUGCAACUUUCGUCAACUUUAAAUGUACCACGUUUGCAGACAUUGUGAACAGAACGCACAAACCCAUGUUGGAUUAUAAUUUAUACCCUUAAAUUUGGGGGCUACAAUGCGGCCAGAAAUAUACAAUGUUACUACAGUUUAUGCUGCUCAAUGCCAGGAUUAUUUUUAUACUGAUGGUAAUGCUUGCUCUUGUAACUACAACAUGUGCAAAGAAAACGGACGAAUACAUUUUAACUUUGAGGAGCCACAACAACAGGGCGCUGCAUAUAAAUCCGCAAGGUCGAGUGUACGCCGAGAAAAUACUACAAGCACAAUCCUUCACAAUGGAGAAGGUUGGCGAUGUACUCAGCCCGGAUUUCAAAAUCACCAUCUAUGCCAAGGAUGUGAAGAACUAUUUGUGCUUUGCCCAAGGCAGACUUGUUGGAAGGAGAAACGCCACAAACGAUUGCCACUUCAGAGAGUCAAUGACUCAGGGUUAUUAUCAGUAUGUGAAUGCCUACAAUCCGGUGUUGCGAGUGGGCAUCAAGCGCAACUUUCGUCCCAUUGGGCCUAGGGAUAUGCAGAGAUCGCAUCGCAUGCGCAAUGCGUGUUUCCAGUUCAAUCGAUUGAAGGCCGAGCACGUGCCGAAGAAUCUUGUCCAUUUGGCCGAAACUAAACAAGGCACAUCAAUUGAGAAGAAAAAUACGUCUACAACAACAAUGAAAAAAAAAACUCCAAACACAACCACAACAACAACAACAACAACCACAACUACAUCGACUACAACAACCACAACAACAACAACAACUACGCCUAGCCCAGUGGCGGUGCCAAAACGAUUACGUGGCAAAUCAAUGCAUCGCCAGGAGCAACAACAGCCAGCAACAACAACAACAAACACAAGUAUUAAUAGAAAUAGUUCUACCAACAACAAUAAUAACAACAACAAUAGCAACAACAACAACAAUAGCAUUAAGUAUUAUAAGCAAGACGAGGAUGCGCUGCGCGAGGAGAAGAUCCUGAAACGCAAUCAUAUGCGACACCAGCGACAACAACACCGGCUCCAGCAGCAACGUCAGCAUCAGAAUCAGCUGCAGCAGCGUCAUCACAAUGCUGUCGGCGCCAUGCAACAGCCGCAGCCGCAACCGAAAAACCUUGUGUUGCGUCAUCGUCACAACAACAACAAUGCAACGUCCCGGAGGCGAAAGGGGCGCAAACACAUGCAUCGACGCCGCCAACAACUGCGGGCGGAACUGGAACAGCAGCAGCAGCAAGAGGAGCAGGAGGAACGCCAGCGACGACAGCAACAUUCCACCGAUCAGCUGCCCACAGCCUCAUCCUCGUCCUCCUCGUCGUAUACAGCAGCAUCGACAGCGCUGACAGCAACGGCUUCGUUGGCGCCGUCAGCUCUCAAUUUGUGUGCCAUUUUGGCGGCGAGUGGUUGCAAGCGUGGCCGGCGAAAACGUGCAGCGGCCGCAAGUGGUGGGGCUGAUAUGGAUAUGCAGCUGGUGGAGACGCCCUCAAAGCAGCAGCAGCAGCAGCAGCAACAGCAGCUGCAACAGCAACAGAAGGAGCAGCAGCAGCAGCAGGCACAGGGUGCACAGGGUGCGCAACAACAAAAUGAAUACUCAAACGCCUAUGUUAAUAGUAAUUUAAACUUAAACUUAAUACCUAAACAACAAAAACUAAAUAUAGCAUUUAAUUUAAUUAGUAAUAGCCAUAGUAAUGUUAAUAAAGCAAUACCUGCCUUGCCAAAAAACUACAACUACUUGUACAGUAACGAGCAUUAUAAUAUGAAUAAUAAUAAUAUGAAUACUAAAAGUAGCACGACUGAUUCUAGUAGUUUAGCAACUAGCACUAAGUUUGAUAGUCCAAAUAGCCAUAGCAAUAGCAAUAGCAAUAGCCAUAGCGAUAGCAAUAGCAAUAGCUUGAGAAGGAGUGGUAACAACAAUUUCAAUGACAACAUUGACAUUAAUCUUAAGCAAUUGAUAAACGAUCGAAUUGAAAGCAGCAGCAGCAGUAGCAGUAGCAGCAGCACCAGCACCAGCAGCGCAGCUCCAGGGUUUUUGGGGGCAUGUGGGGCAGUUGGCUUCAUUGUCGCCGCUGUCAACGUUUGUCAACUGCACGCGGUGGCCCAAGUGGCAAGUGGCAAGUGCCAGCCAAUGAGCUCGAGUCCGAGUCCCGGUUGCAACCUGGGUGGCCAACUGGCAAGUGGCAAGUGGCUCCAGCAGCGUUGA